UUCAACUCAGCAGCUACCUAUCCGGAUCCCAGAGUGUCACACAGGACAGGACCCACACACAACACUUGCCUGGUUCAGCGGAAGCAGGGCCAGAUCAAACUGCUCCUCCCUUCCUCCCUCCCUCCCUCCUUCCUUACCACUUCCCUGCAGCUCCAUGGACCCCCUUGAAUCUGUGGUGAAGAACCCAUACACCAGCAUUAACAUCCCCCGAGCCCACCUUCGUCCAGACCUAGAACAGCAGCUGGAACAAAGCCAGGACACACCACCCCCUGGGGCCAGGCCUAGUCCUGCACCAGCUUACUUCCUGCCAACAGUGGAUGGGUGGACCCAGGAGGAAGCCAAAGGAAGGUCUCAAAUCCAGCCCCAGGCGUCUUGGCAACAGCCAGGGAAUCCUUACACUGGCCUGCAGCAGACGUCAGGGACCACGGAGCCACCUUAUACAAACGUCCCACCUGCACGGCCCGGAGACGACAUCACCCAUCACUGCUGCUGCUGCCCCUGUUGCCGUUGCUGCCACUGCCCUCGCUGCUGCCGCUGCCACCGCUGUUGCUGUGUGGUCUCUUAGCUCCUCUAAACACCUAGCCCAGAGGAACCCAGACUGAAGGAGACCUAUGCCACGACGCAGCUGGGUUUGUUGUCAUUCAGGGGUAAGGAGGAACAUAUCACACUGGGUGGCUCCCCCUUGGAUGGCAUUAAGCCACCUCUGGCCAAAGGAACUGGAGCUCAGGACACAGGCUGAUGUCAUUAGAUUUGAUGCAUUUGAAAUCGUCUUCCUAUCUCCCUCCCCAAGUCACCCAUCAUGACAGGACAGGGUCCUGGGCAGAAUCAGGAGCCCAGCAAUCACAGAAUUUCCAAGCUCAAAUGGAUCAAAGAAAUCAUAGAGUCUAACCUGUACCUGCACAGAAUUCUACAAUCUCCUUGAUAAAUGGGUGUCUUUAACUGCUGCUCAAAAAUCACCAGUGGCCAGGAGCUCACUGUUUGCCAGAGGAGCCCAUUCUGUCUUUGGCCAGCUCUGUUAGGAAGUUUUCCCUUACAUUGAAUGGAAAUAUGUCUCAGUGUCGUUCCAUCUAUUGAUUUUAAUUCUACCCUUUGGGGCCAAGUAAAACAAGUCUGAUCUCUCUUCCCCAUUACAACUCUUCAGAUAUUUGAAGACAGCUGUCGUAUCCCUCCAGGAUUAUUCUUCUCUUCUCCAGGGUAAACAUAACUCGUUUCUUCAACUGAUCAUAGUACGUCAUGGUUUCCAGGCCAGUCUCCUUCCUCCAACUUGUUAAUGUCCUGUCUAAAAUGUGAUACCCAGACCUGAAUACACGAUUAUAAGAUUUGGGGAUGUCUAAGAGUGAGGAGAUCUAUUGUGAGGAGCGUGUUGAGGAGGCUGUCAGGGAAAUCGGAAACCAAGGUUGGGAGAGGGAAGAUCUCUAUCUAAGAUGGAAGAAGGUAUUUGAACCUCCUCUCAGAAUUGCAGCGGCCUAACCCUGUGCCUAUUGAAAGCCUCACAGGCCUAGGGCAAGCCAUCAGCACUAGUGAUACCUAUUACUGCCCACUAUCUAUCCACUAGAAUCCUGAGCCAGUGAUGAGGCUCAGUGGGAAUGAUUCCUGUCCUCACACAGCUCAAUUCAAGAGUCCUAUCAACCCAGACCCCACCUCACCUGGAUUAAGGCAGUCCCCAGCAUCAGGGGGACUCCUCACUUCUUCAGUUACCCCUGUUGUUCCCUUGACAAUAAACCUAAAUAAUUUGUUCAGCUCUAUCUUCA